CCCCGCCCCGCCGGCUCCCUCGGCCCGCCGGGAUCGCAUUCCCCCUUCAGUACCCACUCGUUUCCUCGGGUCCCCACGGAGGCCUCAUCGCCGGGUCUGUGGGACUUCACCACACCACUUUGGCAUAACACAUCCAAGACGAUACCCAAUCCAGCAGGGCCGGUAUUCCUGUGUGCUUCCCACGCUGCCCCGGAGUGGCGGUCACAGGAAGCGUGUGCUGUGUCGUGGUAGUUCCAGAGUGGUGUGCAGGCCUUCGACAGUGAGGAUCGCUCCUCCCGGGAGCAACCUGGCUCGUUUUCCAAUAGCAGCGCAGAUCCCUAAGGCCCGAGACCCGUGGUCAAAGGAGGCUGUUCUGCUUGCCCUCCAAUGUUGGAAAAGGAAGAAAAGGACAGUGGAGGAGGAGGAAGACCAAACAUCUGCUGCUGGUCAGGAGGACAAAAGAAGGUGCCAUGACAGCAGUGGGAGUGGCCAUUCAGCUUUUAAGCCGGAGGUGGCCAACGGAGUCCCUGCUGCUUUUGUGCCUGAGCCUGGGCCUCUGCAGAGAGGCCUCAGUUCCCAGAGCUCAGAUGGCGAGCUGCGUAAGAGAACCUGCACCUCUGCUGUGAGCUGCUCGAAGGGCACGUGCACAUGUGGCAUCCGUAUGUCCAGCCGCAAUGCCAUUACCAGUUCCUACACUUCUACUGGAGGCAUCUCUCAGCCUCCAGCUCCCUGGAUCAGCGGCUCGAUCACGGUCGAAGAGUAUUACCAGGAGAAGCAAGCUCAGUCACAGUGGCUGAAGAGGAUCUUCGAGGAUAAGACUGCCACCACCUCGGACGUUGAAGCUGUGACCCAGACCACCAGCAGUGGUGGCAGCACCACCUCAUCCCAUGUCACAUCCGGGGUGUCAGCAGGCCCCGCUGGCAGCGGGGUCUUUGGGAUGAGCGUGUCAGCCCCCCACAGCAGCUCCACCACUGGGGUAUUCAACUUUGUGCCAGGAUGGAGUGGGAGAACUGGUGACACAGCCCCUUUCUGGGGAUGCCUGUGUCAGAACUCCCUGGGUGCAGCUGGCCAGAGCACACUGUUUGCCAUCUACGUGGCCAGCACACCUCAGAACACAUCUGUGCUUGCAG